UAUGAAGUUAAAACACCUGUUAUUGACAGACCCACCCUUUCCUUCAAUCCCAUAAAGACUUUUAAUGUGUUGUGUUGGAUUGCAGCUGUUGUUAGUGAUUAAAUAAGUGGAGGCUCCUUUUUAUACACACUAUAUAAAAGUGGAAUAUAGUCUGAUAGACCCUGCUCUACAUGUUCACGGGGAGUGGAUUUGGUUCUUGAGUUGAAAUCCUGACCUGGGUCUGAUUGGCUGAUGAACUCUGAAAAUCUCCUGAAAAUCAGGCUGAUUUAAGAAACAUACAAUGGCUUCUCGGGGGAAAUCAGAAACUGGGAAACUAAAGCAGAACAUGGAGGAGCAGCUGGAUCGGCUCAUGCAGCAAUUACAAGAUCUAGAGGAGUGCAGAGAAGAGUUUGAUGAGGAGGAGUAUGAAGAAACCAAAAAAGAGACGCUGGAGCAGCUGAGCGAGUUUAAUGAGUCCCUGAAGAAGCUCAUGUCGGGGAACAUGACCCUCGUGGAUGAAUUGGGAGGGAUGCAGCUAGCUAUCCAAGCUGCCAUCAGCCAAGCAUUUAAGACGCCUGAAGUUAUUCGACUGUUUGCAAAGAAGCAGCCUGGGCAAUUACGGACAAGAUUAGCAGAGAUGGACCGGGAUGUGAUGGUAGGGAAACUUCCUAGAGACGUGUACACUCAGCAAAAACUGGAGAUCCUCACAGCCCUAAGGAAACUGGGCGAGAAGCUUACAGCAGAGGAUGAAGCUUUUCUCACAGACAAUGUCAGUGCCACUCUGAGUCAGUUUGAGAAAGUUACACUGAAUAUGGGAUCUGAAGAUAAGAUCAUGGCCUUAGCAAGCUCUGGAGUUGAAAAGACCCAGACCUAGUGAUGUGUGGUUUCUCAUCUGUAAAAGAUGUGUGAUUGUGUGUGUGUGUUUUUUUUUUUUUUUAAAUGUAAGAUUUCGUCCUACAAUUUUUGGAUCACAAGUGUUGUGCCAUUCAAGAGAUUCUUAACUGUGUAAUUAUUUUCAUGCUUAACCCCAGUGACCUUUAACGUACUCGUACAUUUUUGUGUGUAUGAUUUUGACAGUUUCGGUACGGUAAAGUAAAAUUAAGAAUUUCAUGAAGCUGGCAGAUCUGAUUUAUGUACAUUUUGGUACACUGUCCGAUGAUUGUCUUUUGGUAAUUCCUGCCUGUGGCUUUAGGAAAAAUAAAUGUCUUGAUGUUUGAGUGUAUUGAAAAAAUUCAGAUAAAAGAAAUUUCUUACAGGU